AGCUGCAGUUGCAGAUUUGCUGCGUAUUCUACUUUGCUUGAUCUAAUUUUGGUACCAGUGUCCAACGUUCUUCGAUUCCUUUUGCUAAACCUGUGGCAGGGUCUUCUUCAAUGGAGCUUCUGGUAGAGCCUAUCGUUGAAUUGGUAAAGUGUUUGGGGAGGUCAGCUUGCACCUAUCUAGAUUAUCACUCAAAAUUUAAUGAAGUUGUGAGUGAUCUGAGAAGAGAAUGUGAAGAUCUAAAUAGUCAAAAAGAGGAAAUAGAUUCAAAAGUACAAACUGAGGUUCUUUGGGGGAGAAAAAGGAAACGUGAGGUACAAAGGUGGCUUGAUGAUGUACAACAAAUCAAUGUUGCAGUGGACGAAAUUGAAGGAAAGAUUCAGAGAGUAAAGUGGUACUCACGGGGCCAUCUUGGAAAACUUGUUUGCAGUAAAAUUGAGGGGGUGAAAAAAAUCCGUGUAGAAGGUUGUUUUCGUGAUGGUCUCGUAGUUGAUAGACCUCCGACCCAUGGAGUCAUCAUGUCAAAUGAUAAUCCAGUGGGUGAAGAUUCUGCAAAAGAAAAAAUCUGGGGAUACUUGGUGGGCAAUGAAGUUAGAAAGAUUGGAGUUUGUGGGAUUGGUGGGGUUGGAAAGACUACUAUUAUGAAGCAUAUCAAUGAUGAACUGGUGAGGGAGGCUAAGUUUGAUAAUGUGAUUUGGGUCACUGUAUCUUACCCACUCGAUGUGAUUAAAUUACAAGAAAAUAUUGCUCGUGCUAUUACUGGAGAUGAUAAACAGAGACUCCCUGGAGUUGAGGAUAAAGAGAGGCGGGCAGCUGCAUUAAGGAGUGUUAUGGAAGGAGUAGGAAGAUACGUGCUUAUCCUAGAUGAUGUCUGGGAAGUGUUUUCUCUUAUUGAAGUGGGAAUUCCAGAACCAACAAUUCAGAAUGGAAGCAAAAUAGUCAUCACUAGUAGAUCCAUUGAUUUGUGCCAAAAAAUGGACUGUGAGAUAGUCAAAGUGGAGCCUCUUUCAUUUCAAGAGUCUUUUAACUUAUUCUUAGAUAAAGUUGGGCAGCAUGUUCUGCAAAUACCAAAUUUAGAAGGAAUCUUAAAGCUCAUUGUGGAGGAGUGUGGUGGCUUACCGCUAGCCAUUGUUGUGAUAGCAGGGAGUAUGAAGGGAGAAGUUGAUAUUGAAGUGUGGAAUAAUGCCUUGACUGAAUUACGGGAACUGGUAAAGAGUGUGACUGGUUCAGAUCAAGAGAUAUUUAAGAGGUUAAGGUUUAGUUAUGAUCGUUUGAAUAAUUUUGAAAUCCAAAGCUGUUUUCUUUAUUGCUCCUUGUUUCCUGAAGAUUAUCCAUUUUUAAGAAAACAGUUGAUAGAAGAGUGGAUUGAUGAAGGACUAAUAAAGGGGUUGGCGAGUAGAAAAGCAGCUUAUGAUAGGGGUCAUGCCUUUUUAAAUAUGCUAGUAAAGAAGUGCUUGUUAGAGAAAACUGUUGGUUUGGGUGUUGAUUUUUUCAAGAUGCAUGAUGUUUUGAGAGACAUGGCUAUCAAAAGCAUUGGUCCUGAAUUUGGAUAUAUGGUAAAAGCUGGCAUGAAAUUGACAGAUGUACCAGAUGAGCCUGGGUGGGGAAAUUAUCUUCAGAAGGUGUCUCUAAUGAGGAAUAAGAUAUCAAAAAUUCCCCUUGGGUUGUGCCCAAAGUGUCCAACUCUUUCAACUUUGAUAUUGGUAGAUAAUUAUAAUUUGUAUGAGAUCCCAGAAUCAUUCUUUGAAGGUAUGCCUGAACUGAAGGUUCUUGAUCUUUCUAGCACUGGUAUUGAAGCUUUACCUAAUUCCAUCUCAAACUUGGAGAAGCUCUCUUCCAUGAGGUUAAGGUGGUGUCAGAGGUUAAGGUAUUUGCCUCCUUUAGCAAAGCUUACAGUAUUAAAGAAGUUGGAUUUGAAUAAUUCCCGGAUUGAGGUGGUCCCUCAAGGCAUGGAGAAAUUGAUUAGUCUGGAAUAUCUUGAUUUAAGGGAUUGUUCCAAUCUAAAAGAGAUUCCAAUGGGAAUGUUAUCAAACCUUUCCAAUCUCCAGUACUUGUUUUUCAACAGGUUGAAGAUAGAAGCAGAAGAGGUUGCGAGAAUGAGCAAGUUGGAGACCUUUCAUGGUGUAUUCAAUGACAUACAAAGCUACAAUUAUUUUGUCAAGUCUCAAGAUUUCCAAAUUCUUACUGAUUACUUUAUUAAAGUAGGAGAAAGCCUCGUAUAUUCGUCGACUACUCAAAGGGAAGCUGAGGUUAGUUUUAAUUAUUGUGACUUAGGAGAAGAAUGUAUGGUGCUUCCAGAUACCCUUCAGAGGCUGAAGAUAGUGUGCUGUAGAAACAUGAGAAGCGGCUUAAAUAAAGCAGCUUUGUUAGAAAAGGCAACCGAGUUGAGUUAUUGUAGUAUUGAGUUUUGUAAAGAUAUGGAGUGCGUCGUUGACUUGGACUCAUCCUCCUGUCCAGUACUGGAUAAGCUUGAAAAGCUGUGUCUUGAGAAAUUGCCUAAAUUGAGUGUUCUUGUGAGAGUGGAAGGAGUAGCAACACCACCGCACGUCUUUUCCAAUCUUAAAACACUUACAAUAUCCAAUUGUUCAGGAAUGAGGAAGUUGCUUCCACUUGAGCUGCUGCAGGCCUUCCAAAACUUAGAGGAGAUUGAUGUUGAUGGGUGCAAACAAAUGGAGGAGAUAAUAGCAUCGUCAGAUUCAGAUGCAUCAUCUGAUAAAUUCACUUUUCCCAAGUUAAGGAAAUUGCUGUUGGAGGGUUUACCCCAAUUGAAGAGCAUCUGCAGUGUCAAAGGAGUUAUGCUUUGUGAUUCUAUUGAAGAAAUUAAAAUAUUCGAAUGUCGAGAGUUAAAGAGGAUCCCUGUGCAGCUUCCCCUGCUUGAUAAUGGCCAACCAUCUCCUCCUUCUCAUCUCAAAGAAAUUGGGAUAGAUGAAGAGUCAAAAGAAUGGUGGGAAUCAGUGGAGUGGGAUCAUAAGAACCUACUUCAACCUUUCUUGAAAUAUUGGUAGCAGUGAUAAUUGAGAGGGGUAACGGACGGCCAACGAUCCAGAGUGAGAAGGCACUAACGGACGGCCAGGAUGAGCGGCAACAUUACGUUUGUGUAUGUACCUGACGCGUCCAAGUAGGUCACGUGCGGCCUUGAAUAGCACGUGCCAGUAAACCCUUCUUUUCUCCUUUUCUCCUCCGGUCCAGUCCUGUUAUUCUGAUUCUGAAACCGGAUGGAAGAGAUCCAGUUGAGUUAGGUCCAACCUCUGCUUCCUCAAUUUCAUCUGAGAUUCUCGCCAAACUGGGUACUAUAUAUGGAAUCCAAUCUCUUUUAUCUAUGUCUGAAUUAUUAUGAUUUCAACUCUUUAACUCCUUUUUUAUAUUUCUUGUUCCAUUUUGGUAAUUCCAAAAUCUAAUGCAGAUUUUCUGAAAUGAUUUGUCUCUAUUAGGAUUUUUGGUGGCUGGUCUUUGUUUGUUUAGGAAUUUCUUAUUUUCUUAAAUGGGUUCCUUCUAGUAAUUAGAAUAUUUAAAGUAACUUUUUUUUUUUUUGUCUAAGUUGGAAGUAAAAUCAUUGAAAUGAAAAACAUGCAGAAUUUCAAUUUCAGUAUUGCAAAUGCCAAUUUUGGCACAAUCAGUUGGCAAUUGGCAAGAAGAGUCCUAGGCUCCUGUCUCCGAUGAACUCCAAGUGCUCCUAAGUAGUAUCAUUUCGGAUUUUGGAAUAGGAUUUGGUGUCAUAAACUCCAAGUGUUAUGAUGAUGGAGCUCCAGUAAACAUUGUAGCUGUUCAACCAAAAGCUAUAGGAAUCUCAGGACUCUCCAAGAAUAAUUAUGCUCAAAGCAAUGUGGUUUCACUAUUCAACAAAAUGAAGUCGGCUCAAUCAAGCUCAAAGCCAUCAUCCAUUCAAGGAUGGCACGUAACCAUGGAGGAUGCUGUGAGUAAUGAAUUAAAUCUUUUGUGUCCACAAAGAGCUUAAGCAUCUGGAUGUAGCCUAAGUGAGAUAAUGUAAACAUUAGAUGGCUUAAGUGUUCAGUCUCUAACAUUUGACUGAAUUAUUACAGGUAGGGCAAAUUCUGAUUGGAAGCGAUAAUACAUAAGAACCAAAAGGAAGGACUGGGAAGUUUCAAUUGAUUUGGUUUCUAGGUGAAGGAUAGAUUUGAUUUUGUUAUCCUUCGCAAAUUUCUGUGUACUGUUGUGAAUUUUCUUAGAACCCCAACUGAUGUUGUUUUGUUGCUUGUCGUUUGAAAUUCAGGGUUUCGAAAUGAGGUUACCUUCAAAGCAUUUAAAAUGAGCAAGGUGUGAUGAUGCUGGUAGUGAUUCUAAAAAUGAACAAGUGAUGGUGGUGUGAAGAAAUGGGGAAGAGGAAGAUGCAAGUCUUGUAGAGACAUAUAGACGAAUGUGUUCUUCAUCAAAUGGACACUUAAGUCUUGAGUGCAGACAAUAAUUUUGUUCCAGGAAGCAAAACCUCUGCUUCUGAAAAUAAGGUGAGGUACUAUGU